CGAAAACAACCAGCCAGCAUCAAGCAAUUGCAGGCGGGAAAAUACUAAUGCUGACCUCGCUAUCGACUCUACUUAACUACUCCCUACCUUACCUAUCUGAUACCUUCUCUCAUCAAUCAACCACAUUAGUUGGUCAUCGAAAUGGCAAACAUUUGUUGGAUCUUCUACUGCUAUACCCGCAGCAAUCAAGAUCACAAUUCACAGUGGAAUCACCAACAUCCACUUUCUGGAUAAGAGUCGAGGUCUGCGACGGACACGUCGACAGAAGACGCCAGUCGCCGCUCGAUCUUGCAAAACAGUUUGAGUUCGCGAUCAACAUCAACCCAGUCUCUACGGAGUACAAUUUCUAUUUACGUCUUGCGACACUGUACCCUGGAGCCACGAUGUCGUGUCGACUCCCUAAGAGCAUAAAUAGCCGCAUAGAGUUUCCGGGGCUGACGACGCCCGACCUUCACACGACUUCUUUUUCGUGCAGAGGCUCGACAGGUCCAUUUUGAACGGCAAGUACAAGAACAAUACGUUCCCCUCCAUUUUGCUUGUGCGAGUGGUCAAACCCAGUCGAAGAUAGAUGGUGUGGGUGGGUUACGUUUUCAGCCAGGCCAUGAACAGCCAUCGACCGAAAUCAGACA